AGGUCCCGACUCCAGCCGCACCUCCUCCGACUCUGCAGUGGCGGCGGGGUGGCGAGCCGGAGCGCCAGCGGGCCAGGGCCGGAGCCGAGCCGGGGUCGGGGAAACAGCGGGGACCCUCGGAGGCGGGGCCAGUGGGACCGCGAUGGGCGUGGAGAUCGAGACCAUCUCCCCGGGAGACGGAAGGACAUUCCCCAAGAAGGGCCAGACGUGUGUGGUGCACUACACAGGAAUGCUCCAAAAUGGGAAGAAAUUCGAUUCAUCCAGAGACAGAAACAAACCUUUCAAGUUCAGAAUUGGCAAACAGGAAGUCAUCAAGGGUUUUGAAGAGGGCGCAGCCCAGAUGAGCUUGGGGCAGAGGGCGAAGCUGACCUGCACCCCUGAUGUGGCGUAUGGAGCCACGGGCCACCCCGGUGUCAUCCCUCCCAAUGCCACCCUCAUCUUUGACGUGGAGCUGCUCAACUUAGAGUGAAGGCAGGAAGGAACUGAAGGUGGCUGGAGAUGGCUGCUGCUCACCCUCCUAGCCUGCUCUGCCACUGGGACGGCUCCUCCUGCUUGGGGCUCUUGAUCAGUGCGCUAACCUCACUGCCCCAAGGCAUUAUCCAUUCUCUCUGCCCAAGUUGCUCUGUAUGUGUUCUGUCAUUGUUCACGCGCAUCUUUGCUUGAGGAAACUUCAGUUGCAGAUUGAAAUGUUUCAGGUUGUGCAUUUUGCGUGAUGCAUGUAGUAGCCAUUCCUGAUCACAGAACAGAUUUCUUGUUCGCACAAUCUACACUGCCUUACCUUUACUUAAGCCAGACACACAAGGUGCUCAGACAUGAAAUGUACAUGGUGUACACAGAGGGACUUGAGCCAGUUGCCUUUGCUGUCACUUUCUCUCUCAGAAAUUCUGCUGACUUAAACGAUGUCCUUUUUGGAAAUGAUAUGAAAAAUAAAGGCUCUGUGCUUGACAAAUUCCUGUC